AUGUCCGCGAAUGUCUCUAUCACCGCGACCGCAAGUGGUGCCUCGUACAUCAUCAACUAUACGGCGGUGCUCAGCACCAGCUACCAGGAGUUGAUCGUCAACCUGCACCUCAAUGAGAUGGACGACGUGCUGGAAGAACGGCACCGAGGAAACGCAACGAUCGCCUGCACCAGGGCGUGUCUGUCGUGGAAAAAGCUCGUCCUGGUCGCGCUCUUCUGCCUGCUGAUAGUGAUCACCGUCGUCGGUAACACGCUCGUCAUCCUGUCCGUGCUGACCACGCGCCGAUUGCGCACCGUCACUAACUGCUUCGUGAUGAGCCUGGCCGUUGCUGACUGGCUCGUAGGCAUCUUCGUGAUGCCCCCUGCAGUCAUCGUGUUCGUUGUUGAAUCGUGGCAGCUCGGUUGGAUACUUUGCGACAUUUGGAUAUCGCUCGACGUGCUGCUGUGUACGGCCUCCAUCCUGAGCCUUUGUGCAAUCAGCGUCGAUCGAUACCUGGCCGUCACGCAACCGCUCACCUACUCCAAGCGACGGCGCUCGAAGCGGCUGGCGCUUCUGAUGAUACUCGUCGUAUGGCUCGUGGCACUUGCCAUCACUUGUCCUCCGAUCUUGGGCUGGUACGACCAGGACCGGAGGACACUACAGAAUUACGAGUGCCACUACAAUCAAAACAAGGGCUACGUCGUGUUCUCAGCCAUGGGUUCCUUCUUCAUCCCGAUGACGGUCAUGCUGUACGUCUACUCGAAGAUCUGCUGCGUCCUGACGUCGCGCCAGAACCGGAUGACCAAAACGGAGGCAACGGAGAAGAACUGCGAUAUCGAGGUGGACAAUUGUACAUCAGACGCCGACACGAGUCCCCGGCAGAUGGCCAGUGGUGCGUAUGGAGGCCGUCACACUCUCACCACCGGCCAGUACACAAAUGGUAGCAGCAGCAACACCAUCUCGCACCAGACGCUGUACGAGUUUCUCAGCUCGAGUCGCACCACGCCAAAUCCAGCAUCACGCGGCACGCAAAACACCACACGCAACGGAAGCACAGCGAGCGCCAUGUCCAAGUUUUCCGGCGCUACCUUCGAGCUGCGACCGAUCAACACGGUGCAGUUCAGCGCGAGCCAGAUCUCGCUAUCGGAGUCCUGCGCUUCGAACGUUACGACCAACGCAACCAAGGUUCGGCUGCAUGGGAAGCGCAUCCCGAUACGCAUUUCAUCCUUGAAACGUGAGACAAAAACGGCCCAGACACUCAGCAUGGUCGUCGGAGGGUUUAUCGCUUGCUGGUUGCCGUUUUUCGUGUACUACCUGCUGAUGCCGUUUCUGCCAGAUGACUCGAAGAGCGACGACCUGAUGGAGUUUCUGACAUGGCUUGGAUGGAUUAACAGCGCGAUCAACCCGUUCAUCUACGCGUUCUACAAUGUCGACUUUCGUGUGGCGUUCUGGCGACUUACGCUACGAAAGUUCUUCAAAAACAGGCACAACCUCACGUUCUUCAAGUCGUAG